CUGCUUACUGUACAGUACUUCACAGACAGGGGAAUAUGAAAGAGAUUCCAUCCCGAAAUAGCACUUAUGUUAAUUUACUCAUUCAUCCCUAUCAAAGGUUUUCCACUUCCGUCUGUCUUUGGUCAUCUUCUUCACUGAGCCCCAGCUGAUGUCUUGAAGUGUAGUCCCCAUUGUUCUCUACCAUCGUGUUUGAAAUGACCUUUUGUCGUCUUGUUGGAUGUUACAGUAUUUCUGUCAUGAGUGUUACAACCUGCCAUUUUGUCUCUGUUCUCUGCUUCUGUCCUCAAAAUAUUCUGGGUUUUCUUACUUCUCCUGUCUCCAGGUGAUGGUCAUUGCUCUCUGUCCGUAUUGUGUUUUUAGAAUUACUUUUAAUUGUUUUAGGAGUAUUAUCUUCAGUAUUCCUGAGCCGGUCUUCUUCUUCUCCUCCUCUCAGGUGAUGGCCAGGAGGAAAGAGGGCUCUGGGAAGGUCAAGGUGCUGCUCCACUGGACUCCUGAGGACAUCCUGCCUGAUGUGUGGGUGAACGAGACGGAGCGUUCUCAGCUGAACACCAAAGUGGUUCACUUAUCCCAGCUACCACAGGACAGCGCCAUGCUGCUAGACCCCAACAUCUACAGAGCGUUACCACAGAAGCGGCUGAAGCGGAGUCUGUAAGGAUUCCUCUGUAGCUGUAGGGUUAGGAUUCCUCUGUAGCUGUAGGGUUAGAGUUCCUCUGUAGCUGUAGGGCUAGGAUUACUCUGUAGCUGUAGGGUUAGAGUUCCUCUGUAGCUGUAGGGUUAGGAUUCCUCUGUAGCUGUAGGGUUAGAGUUCCUCUGUAGCUGUAGGGUUAGAGUUCCUCUGUAGCUGUAGGGUUAGAGUUCCUCUGUAGCUGUAGUGCUAGGAUUACUCUGUAGCUGUAGGGUUAGAGUUCCUCUGUAGCUGUAGGGUUAGGAUUCCUCUGUAGCUGUAUGGUUAGAGUUCCUCUGUAGCUGUAGGGUUAGAGUUCCUCUGUAGCUGUAGGGUUAUGAUUCCUCUGUAGCUGUAGGGUUAGGAUUACUCUGUAGCUGUAGGGUUAGGAUUCCUCUGUAGCUGUAGGGUUAGAGUUUCUCUGUAGCUGUAGGGUUAGGAUUCCUCUGUAGCUGUAGGGUUAGAGUUCCUCUGUAGCUGUAGGGUUAGGAUUACUCUGUAGCUGUAGGGUUAGGAUUCCUCUGUAGCUGUAGGGUUAGAGUUUCUCUGUAGCUGUAGGGUUAUGGUCCCUCUGUAGCUGUAGGGUUAGGAUUACUCUGUAGCUGUAGGGUUAGAGUUACUCUGUAGCUGUAGGGUUAGGAUUACUCUGUAGCUGUAGGGUUAGAGUUCCUCUGUAGCUGUAGGGUUAGGGUUCCUCUGUAGCUGUAGGGUUAGAGUUCCUCUGUAGCUGUAGGGUUAGAGUUCCUCUGUAGCUGUAGGGUUAUGGUCCCUCUGUAGCUGUAGGGUUAGAGUUCCUCUGUAGCUGUAGGGUUAGGAUUACUCUGUAGCUGUAGGGUUAGGAUUACUCUGUAGGUGUAGGGUUAGGAUUACUCUGUAGCUGUAGGGUUAGGAUUACUCUGUAGCUGUAGGGUUAGGAUUACUCUGUAGCUGUAGGGUUAGGAUUACUCUGUAGCUGUAGGGUUAGGAUUACUCUGUAGCUGUAGGGAUAGGAUUCCUCUGUAGCUGUAGGGUUAUGGUCCCUCUGUAGCCGUAGGGUUAGAGUUCCUCUGUAGCUGUAGGGUUAGGAUUACUCUGUAGCUGUAGGGUUAGAGUUCCUCUGUAGCUGUAGGGUUAGAGUUCCUCUGUAGCUGUAGGGUUAGGAUUACUCUGUAGCUGUAGGGUUAGAGUUCCUCUGUAGCUGUAGGGUUAGAGUUCCCCUGUAGCUGUAGGGUUAGGAUUCCUCUGUAGCUGUAGGGUUAGAGUUCCUCUGUAGCUGUAGGGUUAGAGUUCCUCUGUAGCUGUAGGUUAGGAUUACUCUGUAGCUGUAGGGUUAGGAUUCCUCUGUAGCUGUAGGGUUAGGAUUACUCUGUAGCUGUAGGGUUAGGAUUACUCUGUAGCUGUAGGGUUAGGAUUACUCUGUAGCUGUAGGGUUAGGAUUACUCUGUAGCUGUAGGGUUAGGAUUACUCUGUAGCUGUAGGUUUGGGAUUACUCUGUAGCUGUAGGGUUAGGAUUACUCUGUAGCUGUAGGUUUGGGAUUCCUCUGUAGCUGUAUGGUUAGAGUUCCUCUGUAGCUGUAGGGUUAGAGUUCCUCUGUAGCUGUAGGGUUAGAGUUCCUCUGUAGCUGUAGGGUUAUGAUUCCUCUGUAGCUGUAGGGUUAGGAUUACUCUGUAGCUAUAGGGUUAGGAUUACUCUGUAGCUGUAGGGUUAGAGUUCCUCUGUAGCUGUAGGGUUAGAGUUCCUCUGUAGCUGUAGGGUUAGAGUUCCUCUGUAGCUGUAGGGUUAGAGUUCCUCUGUAGCUGUAGGGUUAGAAUUCCUCUGUAGCUGUAGGGUUAGAGUUCCUCUGUAGCUGUAGGGUUAGGAUUCCUCUGUAGCUGUAGGGUUAGAGUUCCUCUGUAGCUGUAGGGUUAGAGUUUCUCUGUAGCUUUAGGGUUAUGAUUCCUCUGUAGCUGUAGGGUUAGGAUUACUCUGUAGCUGUAGGGUUAUGGUCCCUCUGUAGCUGUAGGGUUAUGAUUCCUCUGUAGCUGUAGGGUUAGGGUUCCUCUGUAGCUGUAGGGUUAGAGUUCCUCUGUAGCUGUAGGGUUAUGGUCCCUCUGUAGCUGUAGGGUUAGGAUUACUCUGUAGCUGUAGGGUUAGAGUUCCUCUGUAGCUGUAGGGUUAUGGUCCCUCUGUAGCUGUAGGGUUAUGGUCCCUCUGUAGCUGUAGGGUUAGAGUUCCUCUGUAGCUGUAGGGUUAGAGUUCCUCUGUAGCUGUAGGGUUAGAGUUCCUCUGUAGCUGUAGGGUUAUGGUCCCUCUGUAGCUGUAGGGUUAGGAUUACUCUGUAGCUGUAGGGUUAGAGUUACUCUGUAGCUGUAGGGUUAGGAUUACUCUGUAGCUGUAGGGUUAGAGUUCCUCUGUAGCUGUAGGGUUAGGGUUCCUCUGUAGUUGUAGGGUUAGAGUUCCUCUGUAGCUGUAGGGUUAUGGUCCCUCUGUAGCUGUAGGGUUAGAGUUCCUCUGUAGCUGUAGGGUUAGGAUUCCUCUGUAGCUGUAGGGUUAGGAUUACUCUGUAGCUGUAGGGUUAGGAUUACUCUGUAGCUGUAGGGUUAGGAUUACUCUGUAGCUGUAGGGUUAGGAUUACUCUGUAGCUGUAGGGUUAGGAUUACUCUGUAGCUGUAGGGUUAGGAUUACUCUGUAGCUGUAGGGUUAGGAUUACUCUGUAGCUGUAGGGAUAGGAUUCCUCUGUAGCUGUAGGGAUAGGAUUCCUCUGUAGCUGUAGGGUUGUGGUCCCUCUGUAGCUGUAGGGUUAGAGUUCUUCUGUAGCUGUAGGGUUAGUAUUACUCUGUAGCUGUAGGGUUAGAGUUCCUCUGUAGCUGUAGGGUUAGAGUUCCUCUGUAGCUGUAGGGUUAGGAUGACUCUGUAGCUGUAGGGUUAGAGUUCCUCUGUAGCUGUAGGGUUAGAGUUCCUCUGUAGCUGUAGGGUUAGAGUUCCUCUGUAGCUGUAGGGUUAGGAUUCCUCUGUAGCUGUAGGGUUAGAGUUCCUCUGUAGCUGUAUGUUAGGAUUCCUCUGUAGCUGUAGGUUAGGAUUACUCUGUAGCUGUAGGGUUAGGAUUACUCUGUAGCUGUAGGGUUAGGAUUACUCUGUAGCUGUAGGGUUAGGAUUACUCUGUAGCUGUAGGGUUAGGAUUACUCUGUAGCUGUAGGGUUUGGGAUUACUCUGUAGCUGUAGGGUUAGGAUUACUCUGUAGCUGUAGGUUUGGGAUUCCUCUGUAGCUGUAUGGUUAGAGUUCCUCUGUAGCUGUAGGGUUAGAGUUCCUCUGUAGCUGUAGGGUUAGAGUUCCUCUGUAGCUGUAGGGUUAGAGUUCCUCUGUAGCUGUAGGGUUAGGAUUCCUCUGUAGCUGUAGGGUUAGGAUUACUCUGUAGCUGUAGGGUUAGGAUUACUCUGUAGCUGUAGGGUUAGAGUUCCUCUGUAGCUGUAGGGUUAGAGUACCUCUGUAGCUGUAGGGUUAGGAUUACUCUGUAGUUGUAGGGUUAGAGUUCCUCUGUAGCUGUAGGGUUAGAGUUCCUCUGUAGCUGUAGGUUUGGGAUUACUCUGUAGCUGUAGGGUUAGAGUUCCUCUGUAGCUGUAGGGUUAGAGUUCCUCUGUAGCUGUAGGGUUAGGAUUACUCUGUAGCUGUAGGGUUAGGAUUCCUCUGUAGCUGUAGGGUUAGAGUUCCUCUGUAGCUGUAGGGUUAGAGUUCCUCUGUAGCUGUAGGGUUAGAGUUCCUCUGUAGCUUUAGGGUUAGAGUUCCUCUCUAGCUUUAGGGUUAUGGUCCCUCUGUAGCUGUAGGGUUAGGAUUACUCUGUAGCUGUAGGGUUAGGAUUACUCUGUAGCUGUAGCUGUAGGGUUAGGAUUACUCUGUAGCUGUAGGGUUAGGAUUACUCUGUAGCUGUAGGGUUAGGAUUCCUCUGUAGCUGUAGGGUUAGGAUUACUCUGUAGCUGUAGGGUUAGGAUUCCUCUGUAGCUGUAGGGUUGGGAUUAUGUUGUAGGGUUAGGAUUCCUCUGUAGCUGUAGGGUUAGGAUUUCUCUGUAGCUGUAGGGUUAGGAUUCCUCUGUAGCUGUAGGGUUAGGAUUUCUCUGUAGCUGUAGGGUUAGGAUUCCUCUGUAGCUGUAGGGUUAGGAUUACUCUGUGGAUGUAGGGUUAGGAUUACUCUGUGGAUGUAGGGUUAGGAUUACUCUGUGGAUGUAGGGUUAGGAUUCAUCUGUGGAUGAAGGACUAAAGAAGGAAACCCCUGCUCUUAGGAUGUGUCUACCUCUUCAUUUGUCAUUCCUUGAAAGGAGGAGAGGAGAAGAAGAGACCUUGGAUAGAGAGACGUUCCACCGUCUUUCCGUCUUUCCUUGUGUUUUAAACCCACAGCUGCAUCAGUCUGCAGUGAAACCAUUUUAAAUGGUUCAGUUAUUUAAAUGUGUUUGUGUUAUAUUAAAUUGCUAAACUUGAAA